CGCAAGCUCAGGACGAUCGGUGGUCGCAGUUGCCGCCAUUGAUCGAGUCGUGCGCGCGCGCGCAUGUGCAUGCUGUAAGCAGCAAGCAAGAACUCGGGCGGCUAGGUGUACGUCGGCGUCGUGCCGGCGCCGGUGCGGCCUUGUGCCGGCAAUGGGGUGCACCAACUCCACGGAGGCGCGGCGGGACAUGGUCUGGGCCCACGCCGGACGUCGCGCGACACGGAGCUUCUCGCUGCCCUCCGUCGAUCGGCAGCGGCUACGGUGGAAGGCCGCGUCGGUGCUAAGCACGCUCGGCCUCUCCCAGGGCCGCCACUCCGGCGCGUUCAAGUACGCGGCCACGUCGGUGGAGGAGAUGAUGAAGAGCGAUAAUGACCACGCCACGGAGGCGGCGGUCCCUGUCCAGGAGGCGGCGGCGGCGGCGGCGGCGAAGCGGGUGGUGAAGCCCCGCACGCCGAUGCUGACUCCGCCCAACGAGCCGGAGGUGAUCAACGCGUGGGAGCUCAUGGCCGGGCUCGAGGACGAUCCGCCGACGCCGUGCGCGUCGCAUGGCCCUCUGGCCUCGCCGCCGCCGUGGAUGCAGGCUGAUGCGGACAUGCCCAUCGCCUUGGAAUUUGACCCGGAGAUAAUUUCCGGCUUCAGGGAGGCUCUCGCCGACACGUCGCCGUCGGAGCCGACGUCUUGCUCGGUUACGGAGGAGGAACAGCCGGCGCAGCGGGAGAAGUGUGCCGAAACCUGCGACACGCCCGUCUCGCCGGCCACCGGCGACAUGCAGGAGCUUUCAGGCAUCGUCCGCGCCCGCAUCAAUGCGUUCCAAGAAAAGAUAGAGCGGAGGUCGAGCAAGGGCAGUGCCCGUGGCGCGAAGGUGGUGCACCUGCGGCCGCCGGGAGGCGAGAAGAAGGCAGUCGUCUACUUCACCAGCCUCCGCGGCGUGCGCAAGACGUUCGUCGACUGCUGCGCCGUGCGCAGCAUCCUGCGCAGCUACGGCGUGCGCGUCGACGAGCGCGACGUCUCCAUGCACGCCGUCUUCCGGGCCGAGCUCGCGGAGCUCCUCGGCCCCGGCUUCUUCGCGUGCGCCGCGCUCCCGCGGGUGUUCGUCGACGGGCGCUACCUCGGCGGCGCCGAUGACGUCCACGCGUUGCACGAGGCAGGCGAGCUCGCGCGCGCGCUGGAAGGGUGCGAGGCCGCGCCCGUGCGCAAGCUCGGGUACAUGGAGGCGUGCGCCGCCUGCGGCGACGUCCGGUUCGUCCCGUGCGAGACGUGCUACGGCAGCUGCAAGGUCUUCGUUGACGACGACGGCUCCGGCGCCGGCGAGUUCCGGCGAUGCCCCGAUUGCAACGAGAAUGGCCUCAUCAGAUGCCCCGUCUGCUGCUGCUGAUGCUUUCUUCUACCGUGUACCGUAGAUUAAAAUCGGCCAUGUUUUAGUCUUUCUGAACUUUGUACAGUGUGAAGAGCAUUACAGAGGAAAUCUAUACGGAUUCAAGAAAAAAUUGCUUAGUUUCCUAUUAUUUCUUUCUUUUCUUUUUUGAGCAUCAUAUAGAUUGAAGAGAGAUUUUCACAUGUGAAUCAGGAAUUUUUCUCAUGUUCUAAAUGG